AUUGUAUUGUUUUUCUGAUAUGCAUUUUAUCAUGAAGGUCCUCUAUUUCUAUUUCUCUAUUUAUGUUUCAAUAGAUAUUAAGUACAUUCAAAUGUAUUUUUCUAUUUCAACUGCUGCAACUUCAACAUUGAUUUUUGUAGUUGUGCUUAGAUUUUCUGUCACAACCAUGUCAAAUUUGUUUUCAGAAAUUGUAACGAUACUAUUUAGAAAUUGUACAUAAUUUACCCACUUUCACCUAGAUUUUGUCAACAAGCUAUAUAUAUAAUAUAACAUGUGUUUUGGGCAUCAAAUAGAACAGAACAGAUAACGUAAUAUAUUGUGUAUCAAACCUUUCUAUACAUUUAAUAAUUGUUUGUCUUACACACGGGUAGGUGUAUGUAUUAUGGUUAUCGCGGGUUCGCUGGUGAUGUUAGAAAUGCUCACAAGUGUCUGAAAUAAUUGUUAGUUUGGGUGGGUGAGGAAUAGGCGACAUGCGGAACGCUUCCGCGUGAACACGAUGUUCCAGCCGAGGCCGUUUCUUGGUCGGAUCGCUGUUUGUUUUGAUAGCAACAGGGGGAUCACACAAGACUUGCGGAUAACGUCUGUAAAUAUGAAUGAAAACGCAACGUGAUUAAAUGGGGAUGGAAGACGACGAGCUUUCGGCCUUCCGAGAAAGAUGGAAAGAGGAGUUAAAGAAAAAUACCGAGACAUCAAAUAAAGACAAAGAGCGCUAUUUUGGGCAUCCCAAUAAAGAUAGCUCAUCUCUUCACCAAAGCACGAGCUUUUGGGAGAAACAGAGCAAUUCGUCACAGCAGACUCAGCCGCAGUGCAUGUCGAUCGUCGAGGGUUUGUUGGACGGCAGCAGAAGCAGUCCUCUGCUGGACAGACUCGAGCGCUCCACACAGACACGCCCCCACAAAAGUCAACAAGUGCCAGAAACAGCUUGAGCAGUUACAGUGAAUUUUCAGGAUCUGAAUGAGAUGAAUGACAUCCCAUUCUUUGAUGUGGAGCUCAAGAUUUUCCACUUCCUGGGCAGAACGGAUCUAGGACGGUGUGCUCAGGUGUCUAAAUGCUGGAAGGUGCUGGCUGAGGAUGAGGUCCUGUGGCAUAGAUUGUGCCUGUAGGAAGGUUCUGGGGCAAGUAUCUCUGACUCCCCCUGCUGGAAGAGCACACUCAGAGACUGCAGCAUCACUGAGAAUGUUGUGAAGUCAAACUGGAAGGUAGAUGGGAUAUCGGUGGUACCAGGGAGGCGGGACUUCCCUUUGGUCACAGUGUGGGCAGAUGAGAGUGUUUACGUGCUGGACUCCAGAUGGAAUGAAGAACAGGAACCAAGAGUUCUUCACUCUGACCAUCCAGUGACCUGUGUGGACAUGUCACCCAGCAGAGCCGCCCCAGGGAUCAAGAGCUGCGGAUGGGGCAUGAACGACGGGGGAAACAAGAUUCAGGUGUACAGCCUGGAGAGCAGCCAGUGCGAGCUGACGGUGGGGAACUCUGCGGGAGUCUUCACCUGCGUCAACCUGACAGACAGCCACCCUCACCUGCUGGUGUGUGGGAACAAACAUGUGUACCUCAUCUAUCACUGUUACAUUCACACAUACACACUCGCUCGUUUCUGUCUUCUGUCUGGCAACUUAAAGCCUUCUGUGAAUUGAGUUUCUUAAACAUGGAAUAGUUUCCGUUGGAAUAGUAGCGCUCUCAUUUACACCUGCAGCUGGUGUGAAUUAUCUUAUUUUAGGUUGUAUUACAUUUCCCUAGAGCAGCUAGUUUUAUUUUUUAGGAUUAUUUGAAUGGGCGUAUCUCAUGAAGCCUGGAGAUACACAGAAAACUCAUUUUCUACACUUAUCUUUCUGUGAGUGAAACUCACAAAGCAUGUUUGUGUAAAUUAAUUAAUAGUACAACACAUCACUAUUAAGACUACAGUCUAUUCUAAAAAAUCCAGAUUUAUUGAAUUAAUCUUUUCUUUUUCCCAUGAUAAUGAAAUGGGUAAUUGUGAGUUUUUUGCUUUUUAUUAUAUCAGUUCUCUUUAAAUAAAAUUAGUUUUUCUUGGUGAAUUUAUCGCCAUUAGAAUUAUUGGUGAAAUCAACCUUCCUUAAUUUGCCUUGUUUGCAUUUUUUUUAUUAUUUUUUUUUUAUGUACUGUAGUAUUUAUUUGCUUUCCAUUCACUUUUUCAAGUAGGAAAACCAGUUGUUCAUGUUGCCUGUAAUUGUUACAUCGAGCAGCAUUUCAUUCAAUAACUUCAAAAUAUAAAUAAUUUUUUCCUGAAACAUUCGUUGGAAACUAAACAUUCAGUGUGGAAAUCUGAGGGUUUAUGUGAGCUGAAUUGUCAUGAAUAUAAUGUCUCACUGCAAAAAAACGGUAUGGUCCUUCAUUUUGUUCAUGCAAAAUAGAUUUUUAUUUUAUUUUUAUCUUUGAAUUUUGUUAGGAAAUGUGACCUGGGCUGUGAACCACAGCUCUGAGAACACAAGUUUUUGAGGAAUCUGUGGUUCGUUGUCUACUGGCUACAUACAGCACUAUUGGACAGAGUUUAAUAGAUUUGUAUUAGAUAUCCAAGAUUAAAGCACUUAAAAUAAAACACACCUAAUUAUGUCCAAAGCAGAAUUAUUUUUUUUCUUUCACAGCUGUGGUCCUUUUAAAGCACGAGGGCUUGCUCUUGACUAUUUUUGGCUUACCUUGAAAAUCAUUUUACGGAAAGCAUUUGAAAAGCUCAGGCACUUAUAGAAGUGGGAAUGGGAAUAAUGAAAGCUCUCGGUUUGAAAGGAUGGUGUUAUUGUCAGCGGUUCAUCACUGAGGGCUAUUGAUUUAGUGGACAAAGAGAUGUUGGAGACGAGGAGAGAUGCAGUACAUCUGGCCAGCGGACUCGAUACAGAAUCCCGAGCGUGGUCCACAUCUGAUGCUUGCAUCUCAAUUAGCCUUCGCCGAAUAAAGAGCCAUUUCAUUGACACUUGUGACAGCGGGAGCGCUAUUUUGGCAGGUGGAGAGAUGCUUGGCAGGUCUUUGUAAAUAAAUUCCAACUGCAUCUUCGCUCAGACACUAUAUAGAGUGCCAAGAGGGAGGACAUGAUGUCUCUCUGGCCAGCUGCGCUCUCUUUUAAAACAUCCCUCUUUCUUCAUCCAUCUUUCUACGGUUCCGACAAAGCGAAUGCUCUCACCUUUUAUUCGUCUUUGACGAAUGAACGAAACGAAGCGAAACACUUGUUGGAGUGCCAUUUUGGCUGUAAUAAUUUGACCCCAUUUGAUUCGUCUGCAGGCAAAACACCAAGCAGCCCAGAGGAAAUGAGGGCCAGGUCCUGCCCUUUAUUAGCGUGGCCAAAGGCCAGGACCUAAUGCAUCACUUCUGCUCUCUAAUUUGUUCAGCCUCUUCUGCUGUGGAGAGACUGGAAUCUGUGUUUUGCAUGAUUGGAUCUGCCAGGAAGUGAGAAGGAGCCAUAAAUGAUUGUUAUGUUCAGCUCCAUGGAUGAAAAUUGAGAAUGGAACGAGGAUGUUGCAAGUUAGUUAUGAUGAUGCUGACGAUGUGCUUUUCAUGGCCGUGUGUAUCCUGUGGUGGUUUUGCUCAAGGUUGGUAGCACUGGAAGUGCCUGUGGACAAUAUUCUUGAUUAAUUGAAGGAAGCCUGUCUGCUGACAGCUCAGUGAAACUAGAUCUUGUUUUAGCAUUAGAUUUAUGACCACUGCAACCUGCCAGUAAAUAUAUUACAGCCUCUUACAAGAAUAAGUGCUUCGAUGAAAUUAAAACAGGACAAUAGAUAGGCACAUCCACAUAAUUACUCGCUGAAUUAAAUCCUUCUUGGCUAUGCAUUAACCAUCCAUUCUGACUAAUAUCUUUUGUCCUCCAAGUGUUGUUUUUUUUUUUUUUUUGGUCCAAGCUAAAUGUAAUUUUGUCGAUUAUCUUUUGGAAAGCACCAGCAUGGAGUCAUCCUUUGGCUGCCUUCGGUACCAUUAAAGAGGACAGAUGGAAUUGAGCUCCUUUGGUCCUGUAAAAGUUAUUUCUUUAUACCAGCUUUAUUCUAAUGCCAUCCCACAGAGAGGAAACCUAUAACACAUCAGUCUUGUG